AUGGUCGGCGUCCGAGACCCGGAGCUCGCCGACAGCGAGGCCGACGCCCAGCAAUCCCCCCGCCCGCCCAUGUCGGCCGACCCGCCGCGCUUCCUCAUCGUCGGGGCCGGAGCCCGCGGGCGAUGCUACGCCAGCGCCAUCGACGGCGUCUCCAACGGCAUCGUCGCCGCCGUCGCCGAGCCCGUCGCCUUUAAGCGCCAUGCCCUCGGCCGCCGCCACAUCUGGGGCGAGGCCGCGCAGCCGCGCGAGGGCCAGGCCUUUGCCCACUGGCGCGACUUUCUCGCCUACGAGCUGGAGCGUCGACGGAGAGCUGCUGCCGCCGGGAAGAACAAGGGCGACGUCGAGGGCAAAGCCGGCGAGGCCGUCGACGACCCUCCUCCUCCUCCCCCCGGCGUCGACGGCGUCUUCGUCUGCGUCCUCGACGACAUGCACCGCGACGUCGUCGUCGGCCUCGCCCCGCUGGGCCUGCACGUCAUGUGCGAGAAGCCCCUGGCCACCACCCUGGCCGACUGCCUGGCCAUGCGCCGCGCCCUCGCCCCCCUGCGGCCCACGGCCGUCUUCUCCGUCGGCCACGUCCUGCGCUACAGCCCCCACAACCUCAUGCUGCGCCGCCUGCUCGUCGACCAGGCCCUGAUCGGCCACGUCAACAGCGCCGUCCACACCGAGCCCGUCGGCUGGUGGCACUUUGCCCACUCAUUUGUCCGCGGCAGCUGGCGCAACCACCGCACCUCGGCCCCGUCGCUCCUCACAAAGAGCUGCCACGACAUCGACCUCCUCCUCUGGCUCCUCUGCUCGCCCCCGGGCCCCUCCGCUGCUGGCGCCCGACAAGGCGAGGACAAGGAGCAGCAGCCUCACCUGCCCGACUUCGUCUCCUCCUCGGGCGCCGUCCAGUUCUUCAAGAAGUCCCGCAAACCCCCCGACGCCGGCGCCGCCACCAACUGCAUGCGCUGCCCCCUCGGCGACGUCGGCUGCAAGUACUCGGCAAAGCACAUCUACCUCGGCCCCCGCUCCGGCCUCGCCCGCGGCAACACAGAGUGGCCCGUCGAUGUCGUCGUCCCGGACAUUGAGGACUACCCGACCCCGGACGACCGCUCUGCCGCCCUGGAGCGCGCCCUAGAGGAAGACUGGGACGACGACACGCCCCCCGACGUGGUCCGCCGUCGCAAUUGGUUCGGCCGCUGCGUCUUCGAAGCCGACAACAAUGUCUGCGACGACCAGUUUGUCACAAUCUCCUGGCCCGAGUCCAACCGCCCGGCCACGCGCGUCACCUUCCACAUGGCCGCCCAGACCAAGCGCCAGUGCGAGCGCUUUUCCCGCUUUUACGGCGAGCAUGGCGAAAUCUACGCCGACUCCAAAAGGAUUGUCGUCGAAGACUUUGCCUCGGGCGAGACAAAGACCUUUGAGCCCGGCCUCGAGGAUCUCGGCCACGGCGGCGGCGACCUCGGCCUGACCCGCCAGUUCGUCCUGGCCUGCGACCGCGUCAAGAACCACGGCCAGCCCGCCCCAGACGCCCAGGACGAGUUCAUUGGCUGCACCCUCGACGACGUCAUCCGGAGCCACGCUCUCGUCUUUGCCGCCGAGGAGGCCAGACUGGGCAACAAGGUCGUCGACUGGAAGCAGUUUUGGGACCAACGCGUCGUCGCCGACUCGGCAGCAGCGUGA